UAGCUCAUGUUGAAAGUGUACAUGUAAUUUGUAUAGGAAAACAAGUUCUUGAAACUUAACAUGGAAUUGCUCCUUUGUGCAAAAGAUUUAAUGGGUUUAUUCAUUAGCUUUACAAGGUCUUGAUAUAUCUUACGUGGUUCUUAGGAUAUUGUAAUUAGCAAAAAUAAUCAAGGUUUGGGUGGUGAUUGCUGUUUAUCUCAAUGUGAACAAUUUGUAAUAAUUUCCAAUUUUGCAUACCUAAGGGUGUAGCGAAGCUGCCCAAAUGCAACUCAGGUGCCAUAUUAAUGAAAAAAGGAGCAUCAACAUACAGUGAAGAGCUGAGACCUAAAAUGCUAACCUUUGGUAUCAGGGAACCUAUUCUGUGGAUUAGUUUAUAGGUUUUAUUUCCCUGUAAGAUGAGGAAAGUGCUGAUUUAUCUGUACAGUUGACCCUUGAACAACACAGGUUUGACUGCUGUGGGUCCACGUAGAUUUUUUCAACAGUUAAUACUACAGUGCCGUGCGAUCUGAAGUUGGUUGAAUCCGUGGAUGCAGAACCGAGGAAAUGGAGGGGUUCCUCCAUACAUGGAGGGCCAGCUAUGAAUCGUACUUGGAAUUUCAACCGCGUGCAGUCAGUGCCUCUAACCUCGUUCAAGGUCAAACUGUAUUUAUCACUGUGUAACAUAGUUGUCAGGUGAAAGAAGCCAUACCAUGGAGGCUGCCUAAUAAUGUUUUGAUCAACUAAAAAAAAAUACAUUUUAAUAAAAUUCUCAGAGUAUUUUUUUUUUUCCCACUGCAAUCUUGACGUCGUUUAGUGGGCAUCAGAAUCACCUGGAGAGCUUGUUAAAACAGAUUGCUGAGCCUUACCCCUGAGUUUCUGGUUGUGUAGUUCCUGUCUUUCUCUGACACACAGAAUUCUAGGAAGGAGGCUGUUCUGUUAGCCAAAAUGAAACAUCCCAAUAUUGUUGCCUUUAAGGAAUCAUUUGAAGCUGAAGGACAUCUGUAUAUUGUGAUGGAGUAUUGUGAUGGAGGGGACCUGAUGCAGAAGAUUAAACAUCAGAAAGGGAAGUUGUUUCCUGAAGAUAUGAUACUUAAUUGGUUUACACAAAUGUGCCUUGGAGUAAAUCACAUACACAAGAAACGUGUGUUACACAGAGAUAUCAAGUCCAAGAAUAUCUUCCUCACCCAAAAGGGAAAAGUAAAACUGGGUGACUUUGGAUCUGCCCGUCUUCUCUCCAGUGCCAUGGCGUUUGCUUGUACGUAUGUGGGAACACCUUACUAUGUGCCCCCAGAAAUUUGGGAAAACAUGCCUUAUAACAAUAAAAGUGACAUCUGGUCCUUGGGAUGCAUUCUCUAUGAACUCUGUACCCUUAAGCAUCCAUUUCAGGCAAAUAGUUGGAAAAGUCUUAUCCUCAAAAUUUGUCAGGGGUCCGUGAGCCCACUGCCAUCCCAUUAUUCCUAUGAGCUUCAGCAACUGAUCAAGCAGAUGUUUAAAAAGAAUCCCUCAUAUCGCCCUUCAGCUACAACUCUUCUCUCCAGAGGCUCUUUAGCUCGGUUCAUCCAGAAGUGCUUACCCCCAGAGAUCAUCACAGAAUAUGGUGAACAGGUAUUAGAAGAAACCAAAAAAUCUAUGCAUAGUACACCAAGAAAAAAGGACCCCAGCAGAAUCAGGAUAGCUUUGGAAAAUGAAGCAAGCACAGUGCAAAGGGAAGACCCAGGUGGAAAGUGCAGCCACACUGACUUAGAAAGCAUUAAUAAAAAUUCGGUUGAAAGUGCACUGAGGGGAGUAAAUAGAGAAGAGAAAGAAGCCAGUUCACCAGGUCCUCUCAGGCGACAGUGGGAGAGAAAUGUAUCCAGUACAGCUCUUACAGCUUUGGAAAAUGCAUCCUUACUCACCUCCACUUUAACGGCAGAGGACGAUAGAGGUGGUUCUGUAAUAAAGUACAGUGAAAAUAAUACCCGUAAGCAGUGGCUCAAAGAGACUCCUGAGACCUUGUUGAACAUUCUUAAGAAUGCUGACCUCAGCUUGGCAUUUCAAACAUACACAAUAUAUAGACCAGGUGCAGAAGGGUUCUUGAAAGGCCCCCUGUAUGAGGAAACAGAAGCAUCAGACGAUGUUGAUGGAAGUCAUGAUUCUGUCAUUUUGGAUCCAGAGAGACUCGAACCUGGACUGGAUGAGGAGGAUACGGACUUUGAGGAAGAUGACAGUUCUGACUGGGUAUCAGAGCUGAAACAGCGAGCUGGCUGGCGAGGAGCGUCUGAUGGAUAACGCCCAAGGAGAUGUUCCUUAGUCACACUGAGAUGUUUAACAUGAAGAAUUGAUAUUUGGAUAAUACUUAACUCACGGGAUGUGUAUUUUCCUUUAGAAACAGAGUGAAGAGAGGGAAACUGAAUAUUUAAAAUUAUUCCUGGUUAGUAUGAUAAGGUAUAAAAAAUCUACAACUCUUAUGAGUUUUUGAAUUCAGAGGAGAAGGCAUAGCAGAAUGGGUAUGAGGUUUGGGCUUUGUGGUCAGAACAGAAAUUGAAUGCUACCACCUACUGCUUGUGUGACUGUGAGAAAUGACUUAGCCUCUUUGAGCCCGAAUUUCCUCAACUACAAAAUGAGGAUAACAAUGCCUACCUCAUAGGGAUGCUGACCUUAGACCAUCACGGCAGCCCUUAAUGUUAUUAUUUGCAUUGUUAUGAUUUAUGCUUAUUACUAUGUAGCUCUUUUUAUAUCUCCUAAAGGUUUGAGGAUCUAAAUAUAUUUAAUUAUAACAUAAUAAUGUGUGUGAUUUUUUCAGUAAGGCCUAUUUCUGGGUAGUGAUCAAUCAUCUUCAGUGAUCACCAACUACCAGCUGUCCUUAAAUACAGCCCCUCACAGAAUGCACAAAAGAGCCCAGGUCGGAGGAUCAGCCAUGGGAGGAGUGGGGUGAGCUACAGAACUGGUCAGAAGUUGGUGGUCCUGUAUAUGAGAAAGGAAUGGGGCCAAAGGUGAGAAGUCCGUACAGGAAGUAGCAGAAACCAGUGUUGUGGAACUAAUGGUAGGCAGGACCCCAACACGUCUGGGUCACCAUGACCCACAUGUGCCGAGGCCUGUCAUUUCAUGCUGUGAUGCUUUAGUGAAGGGAGACUAUUUUACUAAAGAAACUGGCUCUUCGCAGGGGAUCCCACAGGGGCAAGUGUGGGAACAGCAUAAGCCUGGCCUGGUAUAGGGAAUAAUGCUCAAAUAAACAAAAGGGGGAAAUAGUUGUGAGACGACAGUAGGAUCAUUAAUAAAGAUCUGCUGAAAUGUGGACUACAUACGUCUUUUAAAGAGUUAAACAUUUUUAAAAAAAUCUUAACAUACAAAAACUGUGUUAUAGCCUUCAGCACCCCCGCUCCCAUCCCCCAUUAUUUAUACUCAAAACAUUUGGUCAUCCUUAGUCUCCUCUGGUCUCUGAGUCUCUCCAUCUUCCCUUAGUUUUCAGAACCCUGACAUUUUUGAGGCGUACUGGUUAGAUGUUUGGUAAAAUGUCCCUCAAUUUGGGAUUGUCUGAUGUUUUCCUCAUGAUGGGACUGAGCAUGAGUGUUUGAACACCACAGACGCGAAGUGCCCUUCCCAAUACAUCCUGUCAGGGGUGUGCCGUCUCCUCACGACGUUACUGCUGUUGUUAACCUUGAUCUCUUGGCUCAGGCAGUGUCUGCCGGGGUCUCUGCUGUAAGUUCCUAAUUUUACAUUUCCAUGUUCUAGUCACUCUGAGUCACUAAAUCCAGCCUAUUCUCAAGUGGAGAGGAUAUUGCCAGGUACUUGGCUUCCAUAAAUACUGUAUUUGAUACCUCUUAGACAUCUCAAAUCUUAGCACUGCCCCGGGGUGGAAACAUUUCCAAACCAACCAACACAGGGAACUUGAAACUAUGUAUAGUUACUGAGAGAUUGAAUGAAUCUUGAUGGGAUGACAAAUCCUUCUGAAAGUCAGAUGGUUUGCAGGGUUUUGCUUAUAACAGAAUUUCAAGAGACUCUAAUGGAUGAUUAGAAACCAAUUUUAGUGAUAGAUUACUAUAUAAUUCUUGACGUACAACUAGGCAAGAAUUGAGGGUCACUUUUAACAAAACUUCCAAUUCCAUUUACUUACUUACACGAAUAAGGUUUUUCAGCACUUACAGCUUUAAAAAAAAGAUUAAAAAAAGAGGUUUGAUGAAAUAAAAUUAUUUUUAAGACAGGACAAGAAAAUUUUUUAAACAACAUUUUCUCUCUGUCGGUUUCUACCACUACCCCUUUUUAGUGUUCAUUGUGCAUGUGCAUUAUACAUUAGCUAGAUCCCCUUAGAAGACACAGAAAUGUCUGUUCACCAAAAACCACAAAAAAACAACCCCUCCCCCCCAACAACAAUUUUCUCUUGGUGUCAGCAAGGUAACUCCUCAGGGGAUAACAUUUCUUUCUUAAUCCUGUAAGGGGUCACGAUGACCCACUACUCACCUUGCUGGACUGUGUAAACUGUCAGUAUGUUACUUUGGUGUACAAUAUAACCUUUUGUCUUGAAAACUUAUGUAAUUGUGCUUUGGGUGGAACAAUCCUCAGAGCUUUCUGAAAGACUGUCCCCUGGGUUAUAAUCCUCAGGUUGGCUCAAAUAAAAUUCUCCAUUUCUUUCUUAGAUUGA